GAAGCAGUCAUUUUCCCACUCCAAUUACCAAACCCUAAUUGCACAACUCCGAACCACUCGCUCUGUCCUGCCACCGAACGCCGACGAUGUCGACCCUCCUGCUGGAUCUAAUCGUCGACAUACUCAGCAGGUUGCCCGUCAAGGAUCUCCUUCGCUUCAGGUGUGUCUCUAAAACAUUCCGUUCUCUCAUUGACAGCUCCGAUUUCGUCAAGCUUCACCUCAACCGCUCCGUCACCUCCCACAUCAAUCAAACACUCAUCCUCAGCAAGCACGAUCUGCGCGUAGCGGAUCUAGCUUCUCUCAAUUCCUUCUCCGGACUCGAACAUCCUUUGAUGGGUGACGAUCUCAAUAUCCUGGGUUCUUGUAAUGGGUUGCUUUGCAUAUCUAAUAUAUUAGAUGAUAUGGCUAUAUGGAAUCUUUCCAUGAAAAAGUACAUAAUGUUGCCCAGUUUGUCACUUGGGUCUUAUGAUUUGUAUGUUUUUGGAUUUGGGUAUGAUUCUGUCAAUGAUGAUUACAAAGUUGUGAGGAUUACGCAGUCUGGUGGGAAGGAGGGUAAGCCUCUUGAAUCAGAAGUUAAGGUUUUGAGCAUGGGGAGAAAGGGGUGGAGGAGGAUUGAAGAUAUACCUUAUGUUCUUCCUUGUCCUGGAGCAAAUGGAGUUUUUGCCUCUGGUUCCUUACACUGGGUUGUGAGUUAUAAAGAUGAGCCUUCAGAUGAGAAUGUAAUUGUUGCUUUGGAUGUGGGGCUUGAGGAGUACAGAGAAGUGCCGCAACCGGAGUAUACUGAUAAUAAGAAGUUCAGGUUAGAUGUGGGGGUUUUGGGAGGGUGUUUGUGUUUGAUGGCUAAUUAUCUAUCUCAUGUUGAUUUGUGGGUGAUGAGGGAAUAUGGGGUGAAGGAGUCUUGGAGUAAACUGCUUUCCCUUGCAUGUGAUGAUGUGGUUGGUUCUUUGAGGUCAAUGAAGCCUUUAGCUUACUCAAGGAGUGGGGAUCAAGUUCUUUUGGAACAGGAUAACACAAAUCUUGUUUGGUAUGAUCUCAAGAUGAAGAAAGCCAAAAAUGUUAGUGCCAGUGGUAUGCCGUAUUUUUAUAAAUCUGAGAUUUGUCUGCAAAGCCUUGUUUCCGCUGAUGUGAAGAAGAUAAAUGAUGCAAGGAGGCAGCAAAAGGGAGAGGAUAAAAAGAAGGAUGAUUUCUUGUCGGUAGGGUUCAAAUUGGUAUUGUAGUUCAGCAAAAGGAAGAACAGAAGCAGUAAGGAGAAUGGUUAUUUAGUGAAUUCUACCAUGUCAAUCCUAAUCAGUUCUCUACAGCUGCAGUUUUUCCUUCAUGUUUAUUGCCGGAGCUGAGUCAACUUGUGUGUACAAGUUGAUACUGAGUUGACUAACCCUACCAGAAGUUUGGGAGCAGGGAAGAAUUUCUCAGGGAGUCGAACACUUUGUGCACUGCAGGUACCUGUGGAGGAUGGACAACAUGACUUUUAUUUUUCAACUCAAGUAGCAAAUGCUGCAGUUCAUUGAAAAUCCGAAUGCCUUUCUAUGCCUUUCAAGCUUCCGAGUCAUCUUUGCUUGGUGUCAUUUAGCUCUGUUGUAUUGUAUGUAGCGGUUGCUUAUAAUAAGAUGUUGUCAUUCGAAAAGCACAUGCAAGGUUAGAUUAUCUUUUGUGUUAAAUCUUGUUUGUUCUAUAAAAAAGGGUUGAUGACCUACUGUUUGUUGAUCUUGGUUAGCCUUUUAUUGGCAUGUCUUCAUGUUCUUAAGCAAGAAGGAAAUAGGAUGAAACAGAACUUGAAAUUUCCGGAAAAUGUUUCCUCG